CGCCGCUCUUUCGUACUUCACCGGAGUUCAGUUCGAGUCGCGAAGUCGAGCUAUUUGGAUUAUCGACGCGCACGCCGUCUCUUCGAUUCAACCAGCCAUGAGCACCAAGGAAAAUAACGAGGUCGCCGUCGAGAAGGUGACGGAGAACGACAAGGCAUCAGCGGACGCGAAAUGCGACAUCAAGGGGAUCAAGAGGCCAGCCGAGGAGAAGAAUGAGGAAACGAAGAAACAGAAAAAGGAGGAGAAUGGAGAUGGUGAGGUAGAAGAAGAAGAGAUUGAAGAAGAAAUCGAAGAAGAAGAGGAAGUAGACGGUGACGGAGAGGAAGAUGACGAUGACGAUGAUAUACCAGAAGGCGAAGAAGAUUUAGAAGAAGGAGAAGAUGAGGAGGAUGAUGAUGCGGAAGGUGAGGUAGAAGGUGAGGUGGAAGACGACGAAGACGACGCAUAAUGAAAAAAGGGAAAACAUUAUGCAAUUAAGAAGGGAGGCGUUAGGCACGUGACGACAUCAUGGUCGACUUUCGGCAAACUCAGCAAACUUACUCUCAUAUUGAGUGGUUGGUAACAAUGUUGAUAUCCAUCGUGCCCAAUCCGUGUUAUUGGAUCCUCUCUAUCUUCCGACCUACAAGUAAAAAUUACCACCUCACCGGAAUUGUGGUGGGCUGACGCAUUAGACGCAAACGCAAAUUCUGUAUUUGUCUUGGCUCCUCGCAAUUCUGGUCGUCUAGCCGUCACCAAAUGCUAUUAGGUAGUUUGAAUGACAACUGUAUAUUCGUCCUGGAGGAUUUCAAUGAGUUGAUAUCUUACUUGCUAUAAUCUAGAUUCUUAUUUCGAUCGAUCGUUUAUUCGUUUAUGCGUGCACAAUUCCCAAGACGAAUCUAUCGUUUUAUCCGAACCACCUACUAACUGGUAUUUGCCGUCAUCUGGCUUUCUUCUGGGACAAUUUUAUAAAAAAAAAACUUAUUUAAGAUAAAAAAAAACUUAUAUUUAAAUAGUGUAAAAUGGAUAUUUGAAGGUGAUGAUUUUUUUACAUUUAAAAAUCAAAUUUACGUUUGUAGUUCGAAUGUCUCUCACCUUGUACGUGUGAUAUAUUGAGUUCUUCUUCUCAAAUCGAAAUGUGUAAUUGCAGUGUCUUCACAGGAGCGCGAGGCUAUAAUAUUAUCGAGCAGAAUUGAGCGAUUCAUACGUAAACAUAUAUACGGCAAAGAAAAUAAAGUAAAUAGGCAUGAAUGGACAUCUCUCGGCAUUCAAUGUGUUAACUAAAAA